AUGGACAACACCACCCUCUUCGACGUCAAGGACAAAAUCGUCCUCGUAACCGGCGGUGCCAAAGGCAUUGGUCGCAUGAUAAGCGAAGGAUUCAUCCAAAACGGCGCAAACGUCUACAUCUCAUCGCGCGACGCCGCAGCGUGCGAGCAAGCGUGCAAAGAGCUGAAUGCGCUAGGAAAAGGCAAAGCAGAGUUCAUAGUCGCGGAUUUGUAUCGCGAGGAUGCGGCUGGUUUAGUUGCGGGGGAGUUGAAGGUCCGGGCUGAAAAACUCGAUGUUCUUGUUAAUAACAGUGGGAGUAACUGGGGCGAAUCCUACGACACUUAUCCCUCAUCAGCAUGGGACCGCGUACUCACUCUAAACCUAAAACGCGUUUUCCAACUCACUCAAGCUGUCACACCCCUCUUGGAAACCGCCGCCGCCGCCUCCUCACCAGCCCGCAUCAUCAACAUCGGCAGCAUAGACGGUCUCCGCGUUCCAGCACUCGAAACAUUCGCUUACUCGGCUUCCAAAGCCGGCCUGCACCACUUGAGCAAGGUGCUGGCGAAUCAUCUUGGGAAAAGGAAUAUCACGGUCAAUACGGUGGCGUGUGGGCCGUUUGAGAGUAAGAUGAUGAAGGCGACGCUGGAGAGACAUAGGGGUGUUAUUGAGAAGGGGAUUCCUCUGGGGAGGAUUGGGAGCAAGGAGGAUGUGGCGGGCACGUGUAUUUGGUUGGCGAGUCGGGCGGGCGCGUGGGUUAAUGGGGUUGUGGUUGCGUUGGAUGGGGGAAGUGUUGUUGGGGCUAAGUUGUGA